CAGAAGUAGGGAAACUGAAAACGAGUGAGAGAUGGUGACAAGGGGGUGAAGAGAGGACACCACUUUUGAAAUUAUUUUGCAGUUUGUUUCCAGUUUUGAGAGCUGUUGCUGUAGCGGUUCGCUUAGUCUGAUAGACGCGUUUAAUACGUGCGCCGCGCGUAGUUUAGACGUUCAACGGAAAGCGGGUUAUUGUCGCGAUUUUAACGGGUUUAUUAGAAACCUGGAGAGUUGCGAAAAUAUUUCUAUCGUUUUCACGAAAAAGAAGUGGAGGUUUUGAUAGUUUCCAUUGUUUUCCAAAAAAAGUAGAGGAAAAGUUCAUAGAAUUGCAAAAGGAGACGUUUUGAUAGAGCUUCUUCGAAUACAACCACCAAUCUGUACCUCCUAUUACGUGUGUUUGGGAAAACUGUAUAGACGUUGUGUGAAUUUGAACAGUUGAAAGUUGGCAAAAAUGGGUACAGGCGAAAUAAUUGAAGAAUGGGACAGCACUACUACCACCACAACCAAGACUAUUUCACGGAAGACUGUCACUGAGAAGAGUUUUCCUUCAAAAAAGACUUCGUCAACAACGAAGACGACGACGAUGACAACAGCGCCGGCCAAACUGUACGGCAAGGACUUGUCAGAGUACGAGGAGCUCGACGUCGAUCAGCUGUUGGCUCAGCUCACACCCGAAGAGAUCAGUCUGCUCGCCAAGGAAGUCGACCCUGAUGACAAUUUGCUGCCGCCGUCGCAACGCUGCAGCUAUGAGUGCACAAAGUUGCCGACUGGACCGCUGGACCGCAAGAAGCUGAUCGAACACAUCAACCGACAGGCCAUGGAGACACCCGAUCAGCCAGAGGUCAAGCCCUUCGUGCCUGGCGUCAUUCGAGGCAAAAAGUGGAUGCCCCCGCCACAAUCACAACUGCAGAAGGACGCCGAUGAACAGAUAGCCAUUGACCUGGGAGAUGAGUACGAGGAGGCUCUCAACGAUGCCACACAAGAAGAAAUCAUUGACUUAGCCGCAAUCCUGGGUUUCCACUCGAUGAUGAACCAGGAGCAGUACCACGCGUCGCUGCUGAACAAGGGCCAGCCAAUCGGCCUGGGUUGGGACGGCGUCACCAAGGCGUCGCAGCCGAAGGCAUUCCCGGCCGACCCGCCCAACGCCACCGACGUCGACAAGACCAUCCAGCAGGUCGGCGAUGACGACCACAACCUCGUCGACCUCAACUGGAACAAUAUCAAGAACAUCUCGGACGAGAAGUUUGAACAGCUGUUCUCUGCGUUGGGAGACAACACACACCUCGAAACACUGAGUCUGGUCAACGUGAACCUGAAUGACCGCACCGCCAUCAAACUGGCGGACGCCAUCGAGAAGAACAACACAUUGCGAGUACUCAACGUUGAAACAAACUUCAUCAGUCCUGUAGGCAUAGUUCAUCUCGUGAAGGCCCUCCUCAACCAAAAGGUUAUCGAAGAGUUCAGGGCAUCUAACCAGCGAUCUCAAGUUCUGGGCAACAAAAUUGAGAUGGAGAUCACGAAGCUGAUAGAGCAGAACCCGACCAUCCUGCGACUCGGUCUGCAUCUGGAGUACAACGAUGCUCGGCACCGCAUCGCCACCCACCUACAGCGAAACAUCGACAGGAAUAUGCGCGCACUAAGGAAGGCGACCGCCCUGGAGACAGAGGCCUCGUUCACUCUGGGUCGUCAGCAGGAUGGCUCGCUGCACAUUAUUGCUCAGGCUUAGCUGAUAGAUGAUGAUAAUUUGUAGAAUUAUGGUGUAAUCACGCGUAGAUCAUUUACGUCAGAGCCGUCUGGGAAAUACCUCCUCAUAGGCCCAAGUCCAAUAGGUCGUCUUAGACGGAUUGGACACUUUUCUCGCAACUAUAUUGGCGGAUGGUUUUCCAGUUUUCCUACAGCAAAGAAAAUUUGAAAUUUUCCGGGUUUGCAGCCAACUACAUAAUUAAAAAAUCAGUAGAUCAGUUUUAACAAUUUUAGCCGAAAGUUUAUUCAGCCUAAUAACUUUUAUUAUUGCCUCGAAUUAUCCAGAUAGCCCCUUGUCUAGUGUGUGCAUUUAUCUUUACUAUUCAGAUAAUCCUUAUAAAAACUGUGUGAAUUCUAUCAGUUCCAAGAAAUUUUUGAAUUUUCCGAAUAAAUUUGAACAAAUUAUUCGUUACAAUUAUAUUGCUGUACUAGGUAGAGUCAGAUUUUACUGCUUUGGUAGAAGCGUAGCACACGUAUUGUUAGUUAGGCUUCAACUAAACUUCAAUCUUUCACAUCAAAUUUAAAUCCUAAAUUACAACAAAAUAGCCAGUCACACCAUCUUAGCCUUUGAAUUGCGAGUGAAGACUUCUGUGAUUAUAGUUUCAGUGUUGUGAAGGUACAUGAAAUAAACAUUUUGUUCAUUUCAAAGCACUGUGUUCAUCAUCUCAACAAAGUAUCGCCUAUAACGAGAAAUUUCAAAAGCAUUUAGUUUUUAAGAGUGUAUAUUACAUUUUAUUGUUAGUAUCAUUUGCUUAUUGAAGUCAUCAACAUCAUUAUAAUAUUAUACUAUCACUUCAUAAUUUGCUCUCUCGUUCAGUGAAGAAGAUAUUGUAAAACAAUUAUUAUUAUAUUUUAUGUCCUUCUAGAAUUAGAUCAUAGCUUAAAUUUUAUGUUGUUUAAAUACUGAAUAUAAAAUAUUGAAAUAGAUGUACACAGCUAAUUUAUAUGUUGUUUGCCAAGUUAAGCACCACCGUUUGAAAGAUUUCAAAGAAGUGGAUUUUUUGUAAAAUAUAAGCACAUGCAUAUCGAGAUUAAGUGGAAGAUGGGACAUUACUGUCCAAACUUUGCCAAGUCAAAUGACAAAAUAAAAAUUUAUUAUCUUUUGAAAGGAACUAAUUUUAAGAACUGAGUUCAUUCUAGAUUUAUUUCUAAAAGACUAUUUUUAUUGAUUUAUUAAUUCAAAUUAUAAAUUCCAAUUAAUGAGAAAUCUCUGUGAGAGGAAUACAGGAUUAUUCAAUAAAAAUAUAAUAAAUUUAAGCCCAUUAGUAGGCGAUUCAUGUAGAAAAACUAAAAUAAAUGAACGAAUCCCAAUGAAAUAUUUAGUUUAGUUUUGGUACUUCAUUCAUCACAUAAUCAAUGACAUAGUUGCACUAAUGCUUUAUAAUUUAGAAUCCUCGCUAAAGUACAGAAACAAAACCAAUAUAUAUUUCUUUGUAAAUAAAAUUUUUAAAAAUCAAGAUUAUAUUAUUGUUUUUUGUAGAUUGAUGAAAUUUAUAUAUCGCUCCAAAUAAUUAAUAUGAAAUAUGUUACCAUUUUAAUUUUGUAAUUUGUGAGAAUGAUUUCAAAUGUUUUUUUUUUUGUUUAAUUGUUCACGCUAUCAUCACAAUGAAAUAGAGUACAGUAUUCACGGCCUCACUAAAACCUGAAAGGUAAAGUCUCAAUAUAAUUGAAUGGAAUUAUUAUCUAGAGCUAUAUAGCCUUAUCCUAUGCAUGUAAAUAAUUUAUUGAUAUUAUAUAAAUUGCAAAUCCUGAUUUUUUAUAUGCUCUUGUUAAUUGAUGUGUAUGAAUUACUGUGUCAGUCUAAAUGUAAAAGAAAAUAAAGUAAAUCAAAGUGCUUGGUGG